AUGACUGGCAGGCCUUGGAUGAUCCGACCGAAGACUAUGGCGUGCUGAUUGGGGGUCUCCUUUCCUGCGCUGAAAAUGUCACGCUUUCUCGAGUGGGUCUUUCCGCUCGCAUUCCAGUUGCGACGAGGGAUCUUCUCAGGACAAGGAGAAACUUGAGACAACAUCGUUCUCUCUUCAAGCAGCAUUGCGGAAGCUGAGACUAUGGUUGCUGAGCUCGAUAGAACAGGAAAGAAGGUAGGGCUGCGGAUGAACCAAACAGAGAUACAUUUCAUGAAAAAUGCUUGAGCUGAUGAAGAUCAAACUGAGACCGAUGGUACAUCUAUCACGAAGACCUCGUCCUACGUCUAUCUAUGGCGUUCCAUGAAUACGGACAACGACGUGAGGGAAGUACUGGUGAGACGGCAGAAAGCAGCGUGGGCAGCCUUCGGGCUUUUGAAAGAGGUCACCAACCAUCUGGCUGACACGGAACUCCGCGCUAAUCUGUUCGAUUCCACAGUUCUUCCUGCACUCUGUUAUAGGUCAGAGACUUGGGUGACCAGUACAUCCACGUCAAGGUCAAGGCUUUGA